AUGGGUCCUCCUACGAACUUGGAGCUCAACGCCAAGCGGGAGGAGCACUGCAUACAAGUGACCCCCGAGCGGAAAUAUUACCGAUAUGCAGAUACCUGGGUCAAGCGGAGCCUCAAGCCCUCGGAGUGGCAAAAGCACGGCGGGUACAUGUUUGUGCCCAAGUUCAGCACGGAAAGAGUCCUGAACGAAGGGGCGUGCCUGGCGUUUCUGGCCGAGCACACCGAGAUCCCGGUGCCGCGCAUUUAUGCCUGCUUCGAGGAUGACGGGGCGGCAUACCUCAUCACGGAGUUUGUCGAGGGGACGCCGAUGAGCCAGCUGCCGCCGGAGCAGCAGAAGCACGUCGUGAUUGAGCUGGAGCAGCACCUGGAGACGCUGAAGCAGAUUACGUCUCCGAACUGGGGCGGGCCUACAGGACAUGUCCUCCCUCCAUACCGCGUCAUGAGGAGAUCCAAAGGCCACCCGUGGCACAUGCGACCACGCGACGACGACAGCCUCGUGUUUUGCCACAACGACCUCUCGGCCAGCAACGUGCUGGUGGACCCGUACACGCUCAAGAUCAACGCCAUCGUCGACUGGGAGUACGCGGGCUUCUACCCGCCCGAGUUCGACAGCCCCUUUUACCUGCGCGCCGGCCCGCCCGUGGCCCUGCAGGGCGAGUACGACGACGUCGACGAGCUCUGCCGCAUCAUCGACUCGGAGCGCGUCUACCUCGAGAACCAGCAGCACACCGCCCCGCAGACCCCCGUCACGCCGUACGGGCCGCCGGGGGCGCGCGGGUCGGGACAGUCUGCGAACGGGGGGCAGCAGCAGCAGCAGCAGUCGGGCCCCAACGGUGGACACACGAGGGGCCAGGGACCGCCUCCGCAGGCCGGGUUCGCGCACCAAGGGAAUAGUCAGAAUGGCGGUGGGCACGGGGGACAGCAGCAGGGGAUGGGAGGGCGGCCGUUCUUGGGUCCCGCGGGUUCCUUUACGGCGCAGCGGUCCAUCAGCCCCGGGUUGCAUGCGCAACGUGCCAUGAGCCCGGCGAUGCAUGGUCAACGGGCGGUGAGUCCCGGGGUUGCGCACGCUUACAGUGGACCGAAUGGACAUGGCGGGCAUAAUGGGCCCAGUGGGCACAACGGGCACAACGGGAGUGGCCCCUAUGCGCAGUAG